AUGGACUACUACUACCGCCGGCUGAUGGGCAACGGCACCGUCACGUCCAAGUUCCGUAUUUCCAGCACCUCGGACGAAAAACCCCGCCUUGCCGCUUCCAAGGUGGCUCCAGUUGAAAACGGCGCAACCCACCACCCUUCAAACUGUGUUCGCUGCUACAAACUCAAGAAAAAGUGCUCGAGAACGUACCCAAAGUGUCUUUACUGCACCAAGGCGGGCUCUGAAUGCGAGUACAUCGAUCGCAAGGUCAAGAAGCCAUGCGUAGAGAAAGCUGCGGUUCCAAAGUCGGUCUCGAUCGCUCUGUUGGUGCACUCUGAAGAGACCGAGCAGCCUUUUGAGAAUAUCGAGCUACCGCCCACGGAACAGCUGGCUUCCAAAAGUGCCAUCGCAAAGAAAUUCAACAACAGGGCCAUCUCCAGACAGCCCUCUGCGGGUCCUCCGAACUUGCUGGACGAGUUUUUGGUGGUGAAGCCUAUAGAGGACGAACUGCUUCCGCUGGCGUUCGUGCGGGCCUAUUUCGCCAGUUACUCGUGGAGAUACCCCGUGGUGGACCAGCGGGCUUUCAACCAGUCCUUUGAGGCCAUUUCCUUCAACACAGAGACCUUGGUGCCGCUAGACGUGUACUUGGUCAUGGCCGUCGGAUGCAUUGUUUUUGACUGCAACCACGGCACCUCUCAUUACAACACCAUCUUCAGCGACAAGAUGAUCGAGUCCAUCGUGGAUAUCAUAACAUACGACCCGGAAACGGAUACUCAGUCCUCCACGCUUCUAGUGCUUCUCUGCAUCUACGCCGUCAACGCAAGCAACAGAGACUUGGCCUGGAGCAUUUUGGGUUUCCUCAACCGCAGCAUCAUCUACAAAACCGACUUUCUCGGCACCUCUACGGGCUUUUCCAAGAACGUCUUCUGGGCUGUCCACAAUCUCGACAGAGAACUCAGCUUGAUGCUCAAUAAGCCCAGUCAGUUUGUACCUGUUUCCAUCAUCAGACAGAGCACAGACUUCUCAGACAUUGAGAGCGACGAGAACUUGGCCACACUUAUGACCAAAGCCGUGGAGCUUCACAAAUUGCAAGAUCGUGUCUUGUCCCUCAAACUUGGUUUGCAAGCCAAUGACAAGGAUGCCCUUCGGCAGUUGUCGUCUGACUUGGAGUCUUGGAGGGUGUCAGUACUGCUGGUGGUUCACAGUGAGUAUGCCGACCUGCCUUUGCUCACCAGAGUGAUUGGCGUGGUUCACUUGGACUACUACUACUUGCUCAUUGAGAUUGACCAGCUUUCGUCGACUGAGUCGUUCCAGUUUACGCUUCAGUUCCUUUCGAACUCGUUCAGCUUGUUGCUCAACGAACUGUCCAGCAACAAGGACGUUUCGGGCAUUUCGCUCUACCUGUUCUUCUGGUUCCUGAAGUUCUUCAAGGUGAUUGACUACAACUUGAACUCGCUCUUGAAGACGUUGCACAACAAGGAGGUCCCCAGAAGCGACGUGAGCCUACGUCUCAGUGACUUUAAUGGAAACUUGCAGUUGAUUGUCAACCUCCUCAAGUACUUGCUUAAUAGCUCUCAGAGCCCCGCGCAGUACAAGCCAAGGAUGACGAGCUGGGUACAGCGUCUCACGCUUCUUAACAUCAAGCUCAUGGGUAGUGAUAUCCUCAGUGCGUCUGAGGAGCAGUACAACGACUUGCUUGCCAAGGUCGACAGCAUCUUGAGCGAGUAA